AAAAAAAAAAAACUCGUUUUCCAAAUUUCCAAAGUCGAGAGGAAAAGCAAACUGCAAACAUCGGUCACGGAACUUCCUCGCUCUUCUCCUCCUCCUCCUUCCCCACAGGAAGCACCACCUUCAGGACGGACCCGAUCCGCCAGGGUCCGAACCAUCCUCCAUCAUCAUUAUCAUCAUCCUUCUCUCUCCCGACACAAAUUCCUUCUGCAAUUCCAUUUCAAUUCAAUUCCGUUCUCCCUUUAUGCCACGCUGCUCAAGCUUCCGUUGCCGCUGCCGCUGCCGCCGAUUCAUCCCUAACUGAUGGAAUCAUCUGGUGCUGGUGGAACCCCGAGGGACACGUCGGUGAUCGUGCUGACAUUGGACUCUGACGAGGUCUACAUCAUUGCGAGCCUCUCCACUCGAACGGACACUCAGGUUAUCUACGUUGAUCCAACCACCGGUUCCCUCCGCUAUACUGCGAAGUUAGGGUUCGAUCUCUUCAGGUCUCAGACCGAAGCUCUCGAAUUCGUCACAAACGGAUUGCGUUCCAUAUUCAAGAGCAAGACCUACGCUAGGGCCAUCUUAGGCUAUGCUGCGUUGGGAAACUACGCGUUGUUGCUUCUGGCGACGAGGGUAACUGCAAGCGUAUCCUAUUUGCCCGGUGGAGGGUGCAUUUACACGGUGACAGAGAGCCAGUGGAUCAAGAUUUCACUGCAGAAUGCACAGCUGCAGGGGAAAGGGGAGGUUAAGAACAUCCAGGAGUUGACGGAGCUCGACAUUGAUGGGAAGCAUUACUUCUGCGAGACAAGGGAUAUCACUAGGCCGUUUCCGAGUCGCUUUCCGGUCGGGGAGCCCGACCAGGAGUUCGUUUGGAACGGGUGGUUCUCGCAGCCUUUUGCGAACAUUGGAUUGCCAAGGCAUUGUGUCACACUCCUGCAGGGGUUUGCAGAAUGUCGGAGUUUUGGAAGCUCUGGUCAACUAGAAGGUAUUGUUGCUCUCAUAGCACGGCGGAGCAGGCUACACCCCGGUACUCGUUACUUGGCGAGGGGGAUAAAUUCAUGUUACAGUACAGGAAAUGAAGUGGAAUGUGAGCAACUCGUAUGGGUCCCUAAACGAGCUGGUCAAAGUGUACCUUUCAACACAUAUGUAUGGCGAAGAGGUACAAUUCCUAUGUGGUGGGGUGCAGAGCUGAAAAUCACUGCUGCAGAAGCUGAAAUUUAUGUUUCCGAUAUUGAUCCUUAUAAAGGAAGUGUGCAGUAUUAUCAAAGACUGAGUAAGAGGUAUGAUACACGGAAUCUAAAUACAAGUGCUGGUGAGAAUCCAAGCCGAAAAGCUAUGGUUCCCAUUGUAUGCAUUAACCUGCUUCGAUAUGGAGAAGGAAAAUCAGAGUCCAUUUUGGUUCAGCAUUUUGAGGAGUCUUUAAACUUCAUUAGAUCAACUGGGAAGCUUCCAUAUACACGGGUCCAUUUGAUACAUUAUGACUGGCAUCAAAGCAUAAAACUAAAAGGUGAACAACAGACAAUUGAAGGGUUAUGGAAGCUUUUAAAAGCACCCACUAUAUUAAUAGGUAUCUCUGAAGGAGAUUAUUUGCCCUCACGACAACGAAUAAAUGAUUGCAGAGGUGAGGUCAUAUACAAUGAUGAUUUUGAUGGUGCCUUCUGCUUAAGAACACGUCAAAAUGGGGUAAUACGUUUUAAUUGUGCUGAUUCUCUUGAUAGAACCAAUGCUGCUAGUUUUUUUGGUUCCCUCCAAGUCUUCAUGGAGCAAUGUAGACGGCUGGCAAUAUCACUUGACAGUGAUAUUGCAUUUGGCUAUCAGUCAACCAAUAAUCAUUAUGGUGGAUAUACUGCUCCACUACCACCUGGGUGGGAAAAGCGUUCUGAUGCAGUUACAGGAAAAACAUAUUAUAUUGACCAUAACACCAGAACUACCACAUGGAUGCAUCCAUGUCCAGAUAAACCAUGGAAGAGAUUUGAUAUGACAUUUGAAGAGUUCAAGAGAUCAACUAUUUUAUCUCCUGUAUCUCAACUAGCUGAUCUUUUUCUUCUUGCUGGGGAUAUUCAUGCCACUCUUUACACUGGGUCUAAAGCAAUGCACAGUCAGAUUCUGAGCAUAUUCAACGAAGAUACAGGAGGGAAGUUCAAACAGUUUUCUGCUGCACAGAAUGUGAAAAUCACUUUGCAAAGAAGAUAUAAGAAUGCCGUUGUGGAUAGUUCUCGUCAAAAGCAGUUAGAAAUGUUUCUUGGAAUGAGGCUUUUCAAGCAUCUUCCCUCAAUUUCUCUUCAACCUCUACAAGUAUCAUCUCGGCCGUCUGGAUUCUGUCUCAAACCAGUUGCAAACUUAUUUCCUGUUGCGGGUGGUGAAGUUAGUCUUCUAAGUUUCAAGGGAAAAAACCUAGUUUGGAUUUGUCCACAGCCUGCAGAUGUAGUUGAAAUCUUUAUUUAUCUUGGUGAGCCUUGCCAUGUUUGUCAGCUUCUUCUCACAAUAUCCCAUGGUGCAGAUGAUUCAACUUAUCCAUCAACAGUUGAUGUGCGGACAGGACGCAAUUUGGAUGGGCUGAAACUUGUAUUGGAGGGUGCUUCUAUACCAAGGUGCGCUAGUGGAACAAACCUAUUAAUACCCCUGCCUGGGGCAAUUAGUUCAGAAGACAUGGCUAUAACUGGAGCAAGCUCUCGCCUGCAUGCCCAAGAUGCAUCACCGUUGUCAUUACUGUAUGAUUUCGAGGAACUCGAGGGAGAGUGGGAUUUCCUUACUCGUGUAGUGGCGUUAACCUUUUAUCCUAACAUUUCUGGAAGGAACCCGUUCACUCUUGGUGAGUUGGUGGAAGAUUAAUUGAGCAUGUCAAAAAGUAUCAAGAGGAGCUUAAUCCCUUUUCCUCUGGUUCAGAGCUGAAUCAAUUCAACUCUUCAUCUACAGAAAAUGUGUCACCACCUGUGCAAGGAGGGAAUUCUGCUGACCUUUUGAUUGACCUCUUGUCUGGGGAAGACCCACUACCACACCCACUUGCUCAACCAGUUACUGAACAUGUCCAUUAUGAAAGUGACCCCCUUGAGUUUUUGGAUCAAGCUGUUGAAUAUCACGGUGCUAAAAGUGAUUGUCAAAUUUCUUCAAAAGAGACAACACAUUCAGAUUCUAGUACUGCACAAUAUUUAAAAUGCCUGAAAUCUCUUGCAGGGCCAAGUUUGCAAAAGAAACUAGUUUUCAUGGAAGCCAUGAAACUUGAAAUUGAGCGUCUUAAGCUGAAUCUCUCUGCUGCUGAAAGGGAUAGAGCACUGCUAUCUGUUGGAAUGGAUCCUGCAACUAUAAAUCCAAAUACAUUGCUCGACGAAGUUUACAUAGGGAGAUUGUCUAAAGUUGCAAGCACUCUCACACUGCUUGGUGAAGCUUCUCUUGAAGAUAAACGUAUUUCUGCUAUUGGUCUUGGGACUGUUGAUGACAAUGCAAUAGAUUUCUGGAAUAUUAUCAGAAAUGGGGAAAUCUGUUCUGGCGGCAAGUGUGAGGUGCGUGCUGAGAUUAAAAAGUCAGUUUAUUCAUCUGACGGGCCUUCAGAACCUGUAUUCUUGUGUUCUCAAUGUGAAAGGAAAGUUUGCAGAGUUUGCUGUGCUGGGAGAGGCGCACUUCUUCUUUCAGGUUAUAACUCAAGAGACCCCAUGAGUUAUAAUGGUGCAUCAAGCUAUGGUGGUCAAGUUGACCUCCCUGUAAACCGUCUAUUAGCACGUGAUGGUAUAAUUUGUAAGCGGUGCUGCCAGGAUAUUGUGCUUGAUGCAUUGAUCUUGGACUAUGUGAGAGUUCUGAUUAGCUUACGAAGAUCCGAUCGUGUGGAAAAGGCAGCUUACAAUGCUCUGAAGCAAAUCAUUGGGUCAUCUUGGGAUUGUCUUCUAGAAAAGAAUAAGGCCUCUGAUAAUCUGUCUGCAGACAAAUCAAUGCAGCUGAUACCAAAUGGAUAUGAAUCCGUGGCUGAAUUUCCUCUUGCCAGCUUUUUACAUCCGGUUGAAACAGCAUCAAACUCUGCUCCAUUUUUGUCGUUGCUUGCUCCAUUUAAUUUUGGUUCACGGCUAUCAUAUUGGAAAGCUCCAUCUGGUGCCACCUCUGUUGAAUUUGGUAUUGUCCUUGGUAAUAUGUCCGAUGUUAGAGGGGUUAUGUUAAUAGUCAGUUCAUGUGGCUACUCUAUGGCCGAUGCUCCUCUUGUGCAAAUUUGGGCAAGUGAUAAAAUACACAAGGAAGAAAGAUCAUUUAUGGGAAAAUGGGAUGUGCAAUCUAUGAUCAAGUCUUCCUCAGAGUUAUGUGGGCCUGAGACAUCAAGAACAGAGCAUAAAGUUCCUAGACAUUUAAAGUUUCCCUUUAAGAAUUCUGUUCGAUGCCGCAUAAUUUGGAUAAAUUUACGCCUUCAGCGGCCGGGUUCAAGUUCUAUAAAUAUUGGAAACGAUUUCAAUAUGUUGUCUCUAGAUGAGAAUCCUUUUGCACAAGAAACUCGACGGGCCUCUUUUGGAGGAUCCGCUGAAAGUGAACCCUGUCUUCAUGCCAAGAGGAUUUUAGUCAUCGGUAGCCCCAGCAGAAAGGAAGUUGAUCUCAAGCCACAGCAAAGCCCUGAUCAGUUGAACCUGAAAGGAUGGUUGGAGAGAGCUCCACAAUUGAAUAGAUUUAAGGUUCCACUUGAGGCUGAAAGAUUAAUGGACAAUGAUCUUGUCCUGGAGCAGUAUCUAUCUGCUGCUUCUCCCUUGCUUGCUGGAUUCCGUUUAGAUGCCUUUAGUGCAAUAAAGCCUAGGGUCACCCAUUCACCUGCUUCAGAUGUUCAAAGUGAAAGUUUUUCAUCACUUCUGGAUGAUAGAUACAUUGCACCUGCAGUGUUAUACAUACAAGUGUCUGUUCUUCAGGAUUAUCAAAGCAUGGUGACCAUUGGCGAGUACCGAUUACCAGAGGCCAAGGUGGGAACACCAAUGUACUUUGAUUUCCCUAGGACAAUACAAACUCGCAGGAUUUCAUUCAAACUACUUGGAGACGUUGCAGCUUAUACAGAUGACCCUUCAGAACAAGAUGAUUCUGGCAACAGAGUUUCUCCUUUGGCAGCAGGCUUAUCUUUGUCCAACAGAGUUAAGCUGUAUUACUAUGCCGAUCCAUAUGAGCUUGGGAAAUGGGCUAGCCUCUCAGCAGUUUAAUUACACGAUAGUGUGCUUCGGUUGUUGAUAUCGAUUUUGUAAACUUUUUCAAAUUUUGUUGUAUUAUGUCAUGUAAAGUCCAUUCAUUUAUGUAAUAUUAUAGUGUAGGAUUCUACUGUUAGUACAUUGCAUUAGUAGCUUGGUAUUUGAUGGAUUUUAUUUUUCUAUUUACCCACUUUUCUUUUAGCUUGUAACCAACUAGGCAGAAAGGUGAGUUCGAAGGUUCAAAUUCAGUACUUAGUCUACCAAAAUGGUGAAUUUCAUUUUUGAUUAUGGAGUGUAAUUUGAUUCUUUACAAUUUGAGUUUAUCGUUUAAUCAUGGUGGAACUGGCAACAUUCCAGACACUUAAUCAUAAAA